AUGCUCUCUGUUGACAUGGAAAACAAGAAAAAUGGCUCUGUCGGUGUAAAAAAUUCCCUGGAGAACGGGAGACCACCCGAUCCUGCAGACUGGGCCGUGGUGGAUGUCGUCAAUUACUUCCGGACAGCGGGGUUUGAGGAGCAAGCUAAUGCUUUUCAAGAACAGGAAAUUGAUGGAAAAUCCCUGCUAUUGAUGACAAGAAAUGAUGUGCUGACAGGACUUCAGUUAAAGUUGGGGCCUGCUCUGAAAAUCUAUGAGUAUCAUGUAAAACCUCUUCAGUCAAAGCAUUUAAAGAACAACUCUUCAUAG